CUCGUCUAACGAGAUGUUUUUCUACAGAAAGGCCGUUGUUGAGCGUGUGGCUCUGUUGGCUCAGAUUCUUGUAAUCCUAUAUGGGCCGCUGUCCUGCCAACUCCAACCACUCUGCUGGGUUUAUCCUGACAGCAUGUGAUUGAGCAUCUCAGAUUCAUCCUGAAUCAUUAUCAGAGUCAUUAAGAUUCCCCACCAUCCCUCGUCACGUGCAAAUCCCUCCCAGCAGCCUGGGGAAUCAAGCCCAGUGGCUGCUGGGAGGACCUGACAGAGCAGUAAAAACAGGAACAAAGGUAAACAAAGUAGGGAGGAGCAAACAAGUGGAAUGGAAGUGAAGCUUGUGUGUCGGGAUCUGAUAGCAAAGAAGUCCGUUUGGUUUUGGUCUCUCUCUCUCUCUCUCUCUCUCUCUCUCUCUCUCUGCCUCUGUCUGUCUCUCUCUCUCUCUGUGUCUCUCUCUGUCUCUCUGUUCGUUUCUCCUUCCAUUUCUCUCUCCACCAGGGUUAGGGUUGACCUGAUUAUUUGGUGGUGUCAGGUUUCUGAAGGACUACUGCUCCUCUGAGGUUUGUCUGGCCCUGGCCAAGGCCUCGUUCUCCUGGCAGACUCCAGGAAACACGAGCCCUACGAGGCUCAUUCACUAAUUAGGUUGGCCUUCUCAUGAGAACAGUGCUCUAAGUAGCCGUCAGCACUGUAUGUGGCCUGAUUAGAAUGAACAGGCCAAUGGCAUCCUUGUUUUAUAUCAAACGAAAAGGGAAGUUGGAAACAGAUCGACAUUGAGGUGAAUGGAGAGCCUGUGGUCCUGCACAUGAAGCUCGGGGACAAUGGAGAGGCCUUCUUUGUCCAAGAGACCGAGCUGCAGAACGAGAUCGUCCCGGCCCACCUGGCCACCUCCCCUAUCCCCACCGAAGGCCACCUGUUCUGGAUGGCCGAGGUGGAGCGCGGGGGUGGCGUGGCGCAGGACCUGGACGACCCGGCCGACCCCGAGGACCCCCACGACCCCCCCGCCCCCAGCGCCAUCGCGGUGGUCAAGAAGAAGAAGAGGCGGAGGAAGAAGCACAAAGGAGACCCCCGCCGAGAGGAGAUGACCCCUCCUGUGGCCCUCGCUAGCGCUGCUGCUAGCGCUGCUGCUAACGCUGCUGCUGUCACAGAGGAGAUCUUUGAGAUGGACCUGAGCUCGGACGAGGAGGCGGCGGGGCACGCUUCUCGGUGGGAGUGCCAGAGGUCGUCGUCCAUGAGCACAAUGAGGGACAUGGACCCGAAGCUCCCAGCUGCCAGGCACAGCAUGGACAGCUACCCCUUCUCUGACGGAGACUGGUCCCCCUCAGACAGCCAUGGCCUGUCUCAGGCCUUCUCCCCCAAGAGUGACUCGGAGCUGAUGGUGCGGCCCUCAGAGAGCAUGCUCCGUGCCGAGUCACACAUGCAGUGGACCUGGGGAGAGUUCCCAGAAUCCACCAGGGUAAGCAAGAAGGACAGACAGGAGCUGCCGAAGACGGUGACCAUCACCCCGUCCGAGAACACGCACUUCCGCGUCAUCCUGAGCACAGAGGCCAUGGAGAACGAGACGGAGACGGAGGGAGAGUCGGGGCCCCAGGAGGAGGAGGACUCUGGCCCCGUGUGUCCCAUCGUCAAACCCCAACCCCGUACCCCCGUAGCCACCACAGCUAUCCCCAUCACCUCAGCCCUGACCUCUGCCCUGACCCCUGCCACCUCAGCCCUGACCUCUGCCCUGACCCCUGCCACCUCAGCCCUGACCCCUGUGACCUCUGCCCUGACCCCUGCCACCUCAGCCCAGACCCCUGUGACCUCUGCCAUGACCCCAGCCACCUCAGCCCUGACCCCUGUGACCUCUGCCCUGAACGACGCCACCUCGGCCCUGACCCCUGUGACCUCUGCUCUGACCCCCACGACGUUGGCCCUGACCCCUCUCACCUCAGCUCUGACUCCAGCCACCUCGGCCCUGACCCCGCCCACCUCCGCCCUGACCCCGCCCACCUCCGCCCUGACCCCCCUCACCCCGACCGUGACCCCCCUCACCCCGACCCUGUCGCCCUCGGAGCCUCAGGAGAUCCCGCCCUCCGGCGUCUCGACGUCCACGCCCGCGGACAGCCGAGCCGCCCAGAUGGCAGGGGACAUGGGCGACGCCUGCUCCAAGAGCGACUCGCCCUCCAAGAAGAAAGGGGUCCCAAAGAGAAGCCAGCACCAGGGCCCAGAGGAUAUCUACCUGGACGACUUGAAUGUACUCGAACCUGAAGUUGUUGCACGUUACUUUCCCAAGAGUGAGGAGGCAUCAGGGAAGCACUGGCUGGACUCUGACCAGCGCUCCGGCUCCCAGUCUCCCCAGUCUGUGGGCAGCGCUGCAGCCGACAGUGGCACCGAGUGUCUGUCGGACUCGGCCAGCGACCUGCCCGACGUCACCCUGUCCCUGUGCGGAGGCCUCAGCGACAACGCCGAAAUAUCCAAAGAAAAGUUCAUGGAGCAUAUUAUCACGUAUCAUGAGUUUGCAGAGAACCCAGCAAUCAUAGAUAACCCCAACCUGGUAGUGAAAAUAGCUAAUAGGUACUACAACUGGACACUAGCCGCACCUUUGAUUUUAAGUCUGCAGGCGUUUCAGAAGAAUUUACCAAAGGCUACAGAGGAGGCCUGGGUGAAGGAGAAGAUGCCAAAGAAGUCUGGCCGAUGGUGGUUCUGGCGCAAGAGGGCAGACAGCACAAUCAAGCAGUCGGAGACCAAGCUGGAGACCAAGGAGUCUCAGGAGGAGGAGGGACGAUCCUCCCUGUCUCAGGAGAGCCUGGCCUUGAUGCCCAAGGCUGGUGACUCCUCCAGUGACGAGGAUGCUAAGGAGGUGAGCGCUGCGUCCUGCCAGGAUAGGCACCCGGGGUCAGAGAGUCACCCCUGCCCUCACACCUACAGGAAAUCGCUACGCCUCUCCUCCAACCAGAUCGCCAGUCUGAAUCUGAAGGAGGGCCCUAACGACGUGACCUUCAGCAUCACCACCCAGUACCAGGGCACCUGCCGCUGCGAGGGGACCAUCUACCUGUGGAACUGGGACGACAAGGUCAUCAUCUCCGACAUCGACGGCACCAUCACCAAGUCAGAUGUAUUUGGACAGAUCUUGCCACAGCUGGGGAAAGACUGGACCCACCAGGGGAUCGCCAAACUGUACCACUCAGUAGCAGAGAAUGGCUACAAGUUCCUGUACUGCUCAGCGCGUGCCAUCGGCAUGGCUGACAUGACCAGAGGCUACCUGCAGUGGGUCAACGACGAGGGAACCAUCCUCCCCCGGGGACCUCUCAUGCUGUCCCCCAGCAGCCUGUUCUCUGCCUUCCACAGAGAAGUGAUUGAGAAGAAACCGGAGAUCUUCAAGAUCGAAUGCCUCACAGACAUCAAGAACUUGUUCCAGUACAACAAGCGGCCCUUCUACGCCGCCUUCGGGAACAGAACCAAUGAUGUGUUUGCCUAUAAGGAGGUGGGGGUCCCGGUCUGCCGUAUCUUCACCGUCAACCCCAAGGGAGAGCUCAUCCAGGAGCAGACCAAGGGCAACAAGUCCUCGUACGGCAGGCUGAGUGAGCUGGUGGAACACGUGUUCCCCCUGCUGAGUAAAGAACAGAACGAGGCCUUCGUCCUGCCAGAGUACAGCUCCUUCUGCUACUGGAGACAGCCCAUCCCGGACAUCGGCCCUGACGACCUGCUCUGACCACCACGCACACGCGCACACACACACACACACACACACACACACUCAAAACCGGUGAGGAGCCUCUGUGAGACUACUGCAUAAAAUGGACCGGUCACAGGAGAGACCAAAUCACAGCUGCACUUGUUUCUAUGCUGUCACACACACACACACACACACACACACACACACACACACACACAGAGACACACUCACCCUGCCCAGGUAACCCAGAGUGAGUGGGAUGGGAGCGAUGCUGUGACCCUGCAUCUCCUCCUCCCUCCCUCCCUGUCUGCUGCGGCCCGUCUGGGACGGGGAGGAGGUGGACCGGCUCAGGGCUGGAGAGGCCCACAGCAGCUCCACACACCAACCGCCGGAAGACUUCCGCACUUACCCAAACCACCCCUGAACACAUGUCCUUUACCUGUUCUGAAGCACGGGUCACAGUGUGAGAUUCCAGCCCCAGUCAGUGAAAGGUGAAGCCCUGGCUGCCUAUUGGUGUAACUGCUUGUUUCCUCUCUGGAGGCAAGGGAGUCAGAGGUUGGAAUGGGCCUGCGUGUUCCUGAGUAAGCUGCUAUGUCCAAGAGUGGUUACUAACAACACCACUCCAGCCCUCACAUGACUUAUUGUUCCUCAAUCUGAGGCAGAUAUUGUCUGAGUUGUUUUGUUUUUGAGGGGGGGGGGGGGGUAUUUAAAGUUAUGUUCGAGAUUCUGUAAGCUCAGUUAGUGUUUAACGGCAUGUGUGUUUGUACACACAGUAAAGUAUAUUUUAACAAUGGCUUAAUAGUGUUUUGUGCUAGCUGUUUUGUCAUUAAGCAUUUAAGCUGAUAUAUACAUUCUCUGGAGAGUUUUUGUUAACCAAUGCAGUAAUUACUACUAAACUAUUUAUCAUAAUUGAUAUUUUUGGGUUAAGUUAUUGAUUUUUUGGAUGCACUGCUUUUGGUUGUUUGAGAAGAAGGUAUCUAUUGUGCCGUGUUGGAAGAGCAGGGAUGGGAGUUCCUCGUUGUGUGGCCGCUGGUUCUAACAGCCUCCUGGUAACAGCUAGUCUGUCUCCAUGAGAACUGGACUGACCCUGUGUGCCCUGAUGGGGACUGGGGGUCCCUUCCGAGCGUACGACACGAGGCCAGUCAGGCUGUGAGGGGGAGGCCGGCUCACCGAGGACAGAGUCCUGGUCUGGGGGUGACGGCAGGGUCCCACUGGUGCUUCCACAUGCCUUACCCGGCGCACUUUGAGCUGCAUCUCCCCCCGCCCCCCACCCGCCCACCCCAGAGACUGGAACAGGAACCCUCCUCUCUCACCUCACCACGCUCUCCUAGGAGAAGCAGACUUUAAACCAGAGAAGUGUGCAAUCGAUGCAAGACCGAAAUAAGUCUGUUGUUGGCUGCUUAAGCAAAGUCUUUUUAGCGAAUAUUGCCACCUGCUCAGUAUAUUCCUAAAGGUAUAUGUGGGAUUAUACGGCGUUAAUUUAAUAUUUUGGGGUUAUUGACGCAAGAAGGUCCAACUUUCCCAAGAGAGUUUGGCCCGCAGGCGUUCGUCCUGGUGAAGGAGAUGGGCUGCUUGAUGCUGCGGUGGGGUGUUGACGACCCCAACCGAUCCACUGCCUUGAUCCCCACAAGUGUGCGCUGCACUAGGAUAAGGUGACUUGAAUUUUCUCCUGACGUGCCAACUCAGUAGGCACACAGCAGGUGUAGCUAAUACUGUUUAUUCCGUUGUAGUAUGUGAGCAGUGCGUGCAGGUGGUAGAGGAGACGGGCCAGGCGCUGACGGUCUCUAUCAACAGGAAGUAGUCGUGUGUGUGUGUGUGUGUGUAUAGGAAAUCAUUCUGGUUCUAUAAUGACAUCCUCCGUUUUUCUUGGUUGUUAUGUAACCACAGGCCGGGGUUAGAUGAUGAGCAGAUAUGCUUCCCUGGUAAAUUGCUUGUAGCAAAAGUUCAGUAGUAACCUAUUAGUCUGUGCCAGUUAGUUUUGACUUAGUUUGGUGUACCGCUAACCACACAGGAACACGUUUGUGUGAGACCUUAUCGAUAGAUACCAUUCCUUGAAAAAGCACAAGAUUGAUCUAUGAUGGCAAGUAGUAUUCAUCCAGAUAGAUCAGUGAUAAAGGCCCCGUUAUAUGAAGAUAAAGGAUUGAAGGAAACAUGGGCAUACCUACCCAUCAUUCAGGCUCACUGUGUUGAGGAUGUUUGAGUUUUGUUUAGAUUUUCUUUUUCGCGUGUUUGUGUUUCAUGAAGUUCGUACAUUAAGUCGACCUAUCUAAUAAUUAACUAAGCAAUUCCAUUCUUUCUAUGAAAGUAAGAAUCGUGUGUGGGUAGAACUCACCCAUGUUAUAUGAACCUGAGAUUCAUACUAGAUAGGAUAUUUGUUGGCUCUGUAUAAAACUUCUGAAGAAAGACAAUGAAGUUACUUAAUGUUUUUGUUUUUGCCUUUUUGUGUUUCAUAUAGCUUUUAUUUUUUAUUCACAAUGCAUUUGUUUUGGUUGAGUUAUGUUUGAAAGUAAAGCUUGCUGUUUUAUUACAUCUUAUAACAACUUAAAAUGUAUAUGUGUUGUAUUGAUUUGUAUAAAAAUGUGGUUUGGAAUAUGUCAGCAAAGCUAAAUCUAUUGUAAAAAUAUGAAGCCAAGAAAGUGUGGCUUGUGGUUAUGUUUGUGUUUAAUAAAAGUUUGUAAUUGAAUGCA